AUGGUAGAUAUACCAGGAACAUUUAGCAGUAUACCAAAGGCCUUACCUGUAUACCCACUAGAGCCCGAAGCAAGCAAAGAUGUAUGGGAACUACACACCGAUGGUGUUGCAAGUAAGCAGGGAUCGGGUGCGGGCCUGAUUCUGAAAAACCCCAUGGGGGAUGAGAUAACUUAUGCCCUAAGAUUUGAUUUCCAAGUUUCCAAUAACGAGGCCAAAUACAAAGCGAUCCUUGAGGGCCUCCGCUUGGCGCAGGAAGUCGGGACAAAACUCGAGAAAAGGUUUGAUGUUGCGUUUCCGGAGUACACGUCGGCCAAUAAUAUCACCACCAACAUCCUCCCCAAAGGCAGAAUCUGCAAUAGCGGACCGACAAUGGGAGAUGACCUGGAAGUUAGGCACAUCCAAUCCAUUACACGAAGAGGCAGGCUCAGCUAUCACCACAACAUGAAAGGCCUUGCAUUCGGGAGUAGGCCCGACAGUAGCCGGGGCAAUUUUACGAGCCAUAAAUACUUUCAACACAACUCCAUACCUCCAUUUUACCUUCUUCUCUUCGAGUUAUCGUUUGUUCCAUUGUUCUCCCGUCUUGCAAUAUCGCCAGCGUUUGUGUAA